GCGGACAGUUGUGCAGCUGUGUGUGUCUGUUCUGUGAGACACGGUGCUAACAGGAGUGUGUCUCUGUGAGAAGGAAGCGGUUCAGUCUGUGGCGUCGCCGAAAAGCGUCUUAUUCUGGUUGUUUGUGUGUCCUUCCCGUGUUCAGCUGCGGUAAUAGGAGAUGCUGCUGGCCGUGUCCCUGUGGAACCGGGUGUCCUCUGAUCCACCACACGUCCACAUAUGAUGCCUGUCUGAGGGGACGUGAUGGACAAUGGCAAACAGAGCCGUGUGUGUCGGCCUCAACGGAUCAGUGAAUCGUCUAAGGUGUUCCGAUGGGUGGACCGAGCCGCGGAGCUGCUGCAGGGUCUCAAUGAGCAGCGGCAGCACAGCCAGUUCUGCGAUGUGGUGCUGGUGGCCGACGACCAGCGGGUCCCCGCUCACCGAGCCCUGCUGGCCGUCUCCAGCCCGUACUUUCACGCUAUGUUCACCUUGGGCAUGAGGGAGGAGCGACAGGAGGAGGUGGAGCUGGUUGGGAUGUCCUACAUCGGUCUGAAGGCUGUAGUGGACUUCCUGUACAGUGGAGAGCUGCCAUUGGAUGGAGGAAACAUUGACUAUGUGCUGGAAGCCGCUCACCUUCUACAGGUGUGGAGGGUGGUGGACUUCUGCUGCCAGUACCUGGAGCGGGAGCUGACGGAGGACAACUACCUGUACCUGCAGGAACUGGCUCUGCUCUACAGUCUGGAGCGGCUGGACAGCUUCAUCGACCACUUCAUCCUCACACACUUCGCCACUCUCUCUUUCACCGCAGAUUUCCUUCGCAACAUUCCUCUACACAAGCUCACCUCCUACCUCUCCAGUGGCCAGGUUCAGCACGACGGCGAGCACGCUCUUCUCCAGGCCGCCAUGCAGUGGCUCAGUGAGACUCCCGAGCGGAGGGCCCAUGCCGGGCAGCUCCUCUCCCACAUCCGCUUCCCUCUGAUGCCGGUGGUGGACCUGGUGAGCCAGGUGCUGCCAGCGGUGCGUGCCCUGCUGCCGGAGGAGGCCGGCUGUGAGGCCCUGGUGGAGGAGGCUCUUGAGUACCAUGCCAGUCCCAGCACUCAGCCGCUCCUGCAGACAGGACGCACGAUGCUGAGGGGAGGAGCCGAGCAGCUGCUGCUGAUUGGAGGAGAGGUGUCGGAGUUUGGAGAGGAGCUGAGCGCCAAUGUUUGUCGGCUGGACGGUGAAACAGGAAGCUGGGAGGUGGAAACGGAGCUGCCGGCCCAGCGGAGCCACCACUGCCUGGCUGUGCUCGGGGGCUUCAUCUUCGCUGCGGGCGGCAGCUCGUCCAGGGACAACGGCGGAGACGCCGCCUGUAACCUGCUGUACAGAUAUGACCCCCGUCACAACCAGUGGACCAGGGGUGCUCCGAUGAACCAGCGGCGAGUGGAUUUUUACCUGGGGGCAGUGGGAGAGUGCCUGAUCGCUGUGGGUGGGAGGAAUGACACUGGAGCUUUGUCCUCUGUGGAGGUUUAUUGCCCUGCUGAGGACUGCUGGUCCUACGUGGCAGGACUGCCCAGGUUUACUUACGGCCACGCUGGGACAGUCCACCACGGUGUGGUCUACAUCUCGGGUGGCCAUGACUAUCAGAUCGGUCCAUACCGCCGAGACGUCCUGAGCUAUGAUCCAUCACGGGACGGUGAUGUGUGGGUGGAACGCCAGCCCAUGUCUCUGGCCCGAGGCUGGCACUGCAUGGCCUCCCUCAACCACCUCAUCUAUGCCAUUGGGGGCAGCGACGACCACGAGGACACCACCGAGCGAUUCGACAUCCUGCAGGUCGAGUCCUACGACCCACGCAGCGGCCAGUGGACCCGGGUGGCGGGGCUGCUGCUGCCCAACAGCGAGGCGGGACUUGCAGUCUGGACAGGGAAGAUCUACGUGCUCGGGGGCUACAGCUGGGAGAGCAUGGCUUUCUCCAGAGCCACUCAGGUGUACGACCCCGACAGAGGCUCAUGGUCCAGAGGGCCUGACUUACCAAAACGCGUUGCAGGGGCCUCAGCAUGUGUGUGCACUGUAAAGGCCUCACCGUCAUCACCCUCUCCAGAGAAGAGGACAAUGGGACAAAGCGUGAAAGGAAGAUCAAACCCCACACAACAACAGUGAUCAAGGACUUUCUGUUUGUCCAGACGUACGAGGCCUGACGUUUGGCUGUAAGACAGGAGAGGAGGAGCAAUAAUGCUAAUAAUAAUGCUAAUAACCACUGAAUUAACCAGAGUUUCUUUGGUGAAUACCUGACAAAUGUAUGUUAACAAAAACUACAUCACACGUUGGAGCAGUGUGUGUGCUGCAUGUCAGGAGCUUGGUUGGUGAAGUGUAAACCCUCAGGAUGUGUUUAAGAGUGGUCCGUUAAACACAUCCGUUAAAAAUCAAUCAAUAAAUCAAUCCUGAGUUGUAAGCUACACAUAAAAUGACAGCAUGUCGUGGAACAGUUCUGUUACCGCUGUGAACGAGUUGUCAACCAGCAGACAUCUUGAUAUUUGUGUGAAAUAGUUCCUGUAACUGAGCCUUAAAUUGUUAAAAAGCAGAUGAAACUGGAUCAGGUUUGUGUUUCCAAGCUAAAAAAAUGUGUUCAAACGGGGAGUCGGUUAUCAAAAAAAACAAAAAACAAAACACAAAUCAUGGAAGCGAACCCAGAUUGUGAUGUUUGAGAUUUCAAGAGACAUGCUCCAGGUCUGUGAACCAGCUGCAACCGUUCAGUCAACUACUGAGCCCCUCCUCCCUGAGCACUGAUUGUCCAAUCACAGCUUAGCAACUGUAACCAGGCACUAACUAGCUCUAACUUGUUCCACACUGUAAUACAACAACAAUGCUUUGUUGCCUUCCUCUUAGGUAUUGGGUCAGGUGACCACCAUGGUGGACCACAUUCCCAAAAACGAAUCACUGUAGUCCCUCUAAAGCCCCGGUGUCAGAGUGCCUUGUAGGACUGAAAGCAGUGGAAGUGACAUUGUCAAUCAAAGACAAUUACUGUGUCUGGGGCACAGAACUGCAUUCAUGCAAACUGGUAUUUAUAUGGACAGAUUUAAACUGGUCUGAUCAGACUGAAAAGCACUGUUUGUAGUUAAUGUUGUAUAUUCUAAUAAAA